CUCCCGAUUUCAGAAGCCCACCCAACAUCUAACUAUCCUCCCCCACCCUCCACCAAGUUUCGUCUCUUUCAUCCACACCUCCUCCUGCUCGAGAUGGACCCUGUCGAGCGCCUCAAGACCGGCUUCGAGAAGUUCAAGACCGAGGUCUACGACCAGAAGCCGGAUCUCUUCGAGCCCCUCAAGGCCCACCAGUCACCCAAGUACAUGGUGUUUGCGUGCGCCGACUCACGCGUGUGCCCGUCGGUGACCCUGGGCCUGGAGCCCGGCGAGGCCUUCAUGGUCCGCAACAUCGCUGCCAUGGUCCCUUGCUACUGCAAGAACAAGCACACCGGCGUCGGGUCGGCCAUCGAGUACGCCGUCUGCGCCCUCAAGGUCGAGGUCAUCGUGGUGAUCGGCCACAGCCGGUGUGGCGGGAUCAAGGCCCUGCUCAACCUCAAGGAUGGCGCGGACGACACAUUCCACUUCGUCGAGGACUGGGUCAGGAUUGGCUUCCCGGCCAGGAAGAAGGUGAAGGACGAGUGCUCCGAGAUGCCAUUCGAGGACCAGUGCGGCGUCCUGGAGAAGGAGGCCGUCAACGUGUCCCUCCAGAACCUCAGCACCUACCCGUUCGUCAAGGAGGGUGUGGCCAACGGAACCCUCAAGCUGGUCGGCGGCCACUACGACUUCGUCUCCGGCAAGUUCGACACAUGGGAGCUGUAAAUCAAUCUCCCCUCCCAUUGCUCAAAUCCCAAAUAUACAUCCAUACAUACAUGCGCACAUAUAUCAUAUCAAAGAUACCGUGGGGAUGAUGCAUCGAUGUGAACGACAUGGACCAUGCACUGCUCGUUAUUUUCCAGCAGUUGUGGACGCCGGAUGGCUAGAUGUCAAUUUUUUUGUAAUAAGGUAUCAAAUCUUCCGAUCCGGAAUUAUUGUACAAAUAUUACCGUGUGUGAUGUAUAAUUUGAUCGGCAUGUGAUCAAAAUACAUCAGAUGCAAUUUCUGUUGAAAUUUGGAGGUGGGCUUUAGGCCCAUUAGAGAAUUUCAAAAAAAUCUCCAAGGGCCCAUGUAGGUGG